GCCGGAUUGCAGCCCUUCUACUACUUGAACUUCUGAAGAAUUCCUGCAGUAAUGAUUGAAGUCACGCUUCUUCCUGAUUUGCGUGCUCAUUUCCUUGAGAUCUUGAUACACGACACACUUCUGUGAUCAAGAUGCGCUUCCUGUGCUUGCACGGAAUUGGCACAAGCAGUGAGAUCCUCGAGGCACAACUCUCUUCUAUACGGUUUCAUCUUGACAACAGCCACGAGUUUGAAUUCGUGGAAGGCCAAUUUGUCUGGCCGCCUGCCCCUGGAAUCGAGGAGGCCUUUGGCAAGCAAGAAGCCUACUACUCGUACUUCGAUGGCACACUACAAAGCAUCCAUCAGGCGGUGCUUGAUCUGGCUGAGUACCUAGACUCUGAAGGCCCAUUUGAUGGUGUCAUUGGGUUCUCCCAGGGAGGUGCUCUGGCAGCAACUUUACUUGCCGCGGAGUCACGGGGCCUUCUACCACCCUUUGAAACGACAGGAAACGACUCCAGGCUGAAGUGUGCCAUUUUUUUGUCAUGUGGUCAGCCAUGGGAUUUCGCUGCCCUCGAGUCCGGGGUGGAGCGCCGCUUGAGCGCUGAAGCGGACGGCGUUUGCAUCCGGAUUCCCACAGCUCAUUUCUGGGGUAGCAACGACAUGGAGGGGUUUCUUGGCAACCACGAAGUUGUUUCGUUGUGCGAGGAGAAGAAUAGAGUCGUGUCUGUGCACAAGAGUGGGCACGGUAUCCCGACGGCUUCUCGGCCUGCUGAUUUGAUGGGCUUGGUCAAGGGUCUUGAGAGAACGAUCCAGAGGGUUUUCAUGGAGAAGAGCUGGUGA